AUGCCUCGGGAUACACCAAAGGAAAAGAAUGUACGGGACUCAAUCAGUGAAAAAGCCCAGACGGUGUGUUGUGAGAAUGCACCCGACGACAAACUCGAUGCACCAUUUGAGAUCGACGCAGAGACCAACAAGCGCCUCCUGAGAAAGAUUGACCUGCGGAUCAUGCCCGUUUUAUGUUUUACCUACGCCGUCCAAUACUACGACAAAGCAACGCUCAGCCAGGCGGCCAUCUUUGGCCUCAGGGACGACCUUGAGCUCAACGACGGGCUGAAAUAUUCCUGGGUCUCCUUGACUUUCUAUUUUGGCUACAUGGUAGGGACCUACCCCAUAUCCGUCCUGGCCCAGCGAUUUCGAACCAGAGUUGUGUGCACCGUCAUAUGCAUACUCUGGUCGGUGGUCGUCGUCUGCACGCCCACCUGUACCUCUUACAGCGGGUUUCUCGCCAACCGAUUCUUCCUUGGGAUCCUCGAGGCUGGAGUCUCUCCAAUCUUCAUGCUUGUCGUUGGCAUUUGGUACACCCAUUCCGAGCAGGUCAUGCGUUCGGGCUGGUGGUAUUCAUUCAGCGGCGGAUCUCUCCUCGUGUCUCCUUUGAUCAACUACGGACUUGGUCAUAUUACGGGCGGCUCGUUACAUCCCUGGCAGUACAUGUAUUUGUUUGCAGGCGGCGUGACCUUCUUCUGGGGAGUUGCCCUCUGGUGGCUCUUCCCAGAUGGUCCACAGGAUGCCAAGGGCUUCACCGAAGAGGAACGUCGGAUGCUUCUGGAACGAAUCCGAGCAAAUAACGCCGGUGUGGAGAAUAACCACUUCAGAUUCUACCAGGUUAAAGAGGCGCUCAUGGACUAUCAGUUCUGGGGGAUCAUGGUUCUCUCCCUUGUCACGUCAACUGGAUCCGGGGUUGUCACUACAUUCGGGUCGAUUGUGUUCAAUGGCAUGGGGUUCAACACCUUUGUCUCUCUGCUGAUGAACCUGCCAAUCGGUGCUCUUGCGUUUAUCUGCAUUCUCGGGUCAGCAUAUCUGGGAAGGGUUCUUCCCAAUGCCCGGUUUCAUGUUCUGGCUGCUUCCUGUCUGCCAGUUAUACUGGGAUGCGCCUUGCUGUGGAAAUUGCCCAAUUCGAUGCGAGCUGGACGCGUUAUCGGCUUCUACUUGAUAAACUUCUUCUCCUCUGCCUGGGUGCAGUGCAUUGCCCUGGGCACGUCGAACGUGGCAGGCUAUACCAAGAAGGCAGUCUACGCUGCCGGCACAUUCAUCGGCUAUUCCAUCGGCAACAUUGCUGGCAUGCUGCUGUUUGAUGCGAAAUACGCUCCCCGAUAUAACCAAGGCUUCAUCGGUGUCAUGAUUUGUUUCGCCCUCUGCCUGUGCAUCGCGGAGGGCCUGCGCUUUGCCCUCGCAUGGAAGAACGAGAAGCGCGAACGGAAAUAUGGCCCGCCCGGGACUGCCAAUGGACUGGAGGACAUGACUGACAGGGAGAACAAAUCCUUCAGAUACUGCUUAUAA